AAGGAGGAAUUGGAAUUGGCGAUGACGGAACACAAGCUUUGGGUGGGUGUGUAAUACCCAGGUGAAGGAGAUGGGACUGUAUGCAAGGGAGUUUAGUCCAACGGUAGCUAUUCCUGUAAAUCCACCAUGGCUACUCCCACCUCCAGUAGUUGAUCUAGAAGUGUUGGAGAGACUACAGAUACUAAGGGAAGGCAUUUAUUUCAAGUACAGAGGAAAGUCGGGGAGGACGGCAGGAAGGGACAGAAGAGAGGAGGCUAUUUUUACAAGAUUAAGGGUGGGACACAGCUAGUUUAAUAAGAACUUAAAUGUGAUAGGAAGCAUCCAACAGGAAAAUGUGAUUAUUGCCAGGAAACGGAUACCUUGGAGCAUGUAUUGCUACAGUGUGGGCAGUAUCAGAGGGAAGGAGAGAGGCUGAGAUCUAGUAUGAUGGAGAAGGGGAUACAGGAAAUUAGUUUAGAGUAUAUUGAGUAGAACGUCAUUAGAUAUAGUCACACAUAUUUUAUAUUUCUAAGAGCAACGGGGCUGGCAUGUAGGAUUUCGUUUCUCCCUGUCCCACACUCCAGUACAGUAGGUGUCGGUAAUGUACCACAAAGUUGGGUGCCAACCGCUGAUAAACCCCACCGAAGAAGAAUAACACGUCCUAACGUCUUGUUGAUGUUGCUGAAACGCUAUGAGAUUGACAGAACCGCAAAGCAUCAGAUAUGAAGGAGGCACGUACAGUGAUUUCACGAUCUAAAAUCGAACCCUGUGGCAGCACUGCGUGGUGUCAACGACACGAGAUAGUCGAGCUCCCCCACGUACCCAAAUCGCCAAAUUAGCUAGCUAGCGCCGUGUAGCUAGCUAACCAACUAGCAUUGGUAGAUUUGAUACCUUCCUGGGGCAUAUUGCUCAAGUAUUUUUGACUUGCUGCAUGUGGUGUACAUGUAAUGGUCGGGAAUGCAUUUAUCUAAGAAAUGUUCGGCGUUCAAAGUGGUGCUCGGCGCUCUGGUGCUUGUGGCACUCUUACAAAUGAUCUACCUCUCCUUCCUAUCGAAACUGCACGGUAAGCAGCAGCGCUACCGAUACUCAGAGCUCUUCGGGAGCUCUGGCAAGAAAAAUGUCAACCCGGAGAAAAACUCACGGAAAGAGCGUCUCAGGUACUCUCUGUCCACAGGGGGUAUCUUUGAUCCCAGUGGACAAUACCGCGUGUACAAGAACUUGAUCAAAAGCGAUUUCUCUACCAAUCAGAAACCAGGAGCGGAUGCCAGCUCUCACUUCUUGGCCUUAGCAACGCACACAUCCAUCAACAACUUGCACCACCUGAAUUCUUUGGUGGAAAGGUGGCAAAACCCUCUCUCUGUGGCCAUAUUCGCUCAUGGCCAAGAUGUCAAGUUUGCCACAGCCCUGGUCUACGCCCUCACCAUCUUCUGCCCUCAGAUCCAGGCCUUGGUGGACUUUCACUUGGUGUGCCACUCUGGGCAGAUGGCCAGUUUCCCAGAGCAGGACCGGGAGCAUUUCACCGGGCUUGAGGACUGUGCUGCUGUGUUCGCCAGGCUCGAGACGCACCGAGACAAAUACCAGAACUACGCCAUCGGUGGAAACGGAAACGUCUCCUAUCCGAAUAAUCUCCUUCGGAACGUUGCCCGCGGCGGCACGGAAGCCAACUACAUCCUGGUCAUUGACAUCGACAUGGCGCCCAGUGCUGACCUCCACCAGCAGUUCCUGGCGCUGGUCAUGAGACGUGAACCCGCCACGGACGAGGUCUUCGUGCUGCCCGCCUUCGAGAUCCGACACGUACGCAAGAUGCCCGCCACCAAGUCGGAGCUGGUGCAGCUGUACCAGGUGGGCGAGGUGAGGCCCUUCUACGAGGAGCUAUGCCCGCGGUGCCAGGCCCCCACAAACUACUCUCAGUGGGUGAACAGACACAGCCAGGGUUUGGGGCCCCUGGACGUGGCCUAUACAUUAUCCUGGGUGGACCCCUGGGAGCCCUUCUACAUUGGGCACCGCACCGUGCCCUUGUACGACGAGAACUUCAGGCAGUACGGCUUCAACCGCAUCAGCCAGGCCUGUGAGCUCCAUGUGGCAGGCUACAGAUUCUCCGUGCUGAACUCUGCCUUCGUGGUGCACAAAGGGUUCAAAGUUCAGGGCGAGUUCCACAGCAGGAAGGACGAGGAGAACCGAAGGAACCGCCUGCUCUUCCGCAGCUUCAAGGAGGGCCUGAAGACCAAGUACCCCUCCUCCCCUCGACGCUGCUGAGGAGACCAGGUGAGAACACUGGUGCCUGAUUGACACUAUACGGUAAAUCUAUGGGUUGGCCUGGUUACGCAGCCACCGAGUUGCUGGAAUCGUGCUAGGGAGCAUAUCCAAGCCAGCAUUAGUAUGGUCUGGCCCUAUAGUGUGAUUCAGCAUUGGAUCACUUCUCCCCUGAGUAUGCCGCUAGGGGUUGAUUUGGAGUUCAGCGGUCCUGUAAGUUCACAAGACUUCUGUCCAGCAAGAAAUCAACAAAUUACUCACUACACUACAACAUGAACCAGUCUGGUCCCUCAAUUUCUGCACAUUUUCCUGUCUUUCAACCCCUGGAGAGACACCUGACUACUGGGGUUUCUUCAUCAUCGUUACCUAUGUAUUUACAGUGAGGGUGAUCCUAUCAUUUCCAGUGUUUUCCAGUGCCCUCUGACCUUCAUUCAGCCCAAGGAGAACAAAACAUUGAAACUUUUUACUUACAGAGCAUUUGUGACACAGAAUAUUUUGUAAAUAUGACCUUGUUAGGGACACUACCAUGGAGAGAUGCAGUCUAUGUAGCGGGAAAGAGUGAUGAUUGGUCUGGGUCUACCACUGUUAUGAUACCAGCGUGUUAACUGGAAAAAGUUAGUUCUUUAAUACCUGCAGGUUUAAAGAUGAAUGUUUAGAGAGACUGUAAAAGCAAUGGAUAAUAUACAUUUUAUUCACUACUACUGACAUAGAUACUCUAUUUAAUUGAGAUGCUCACUUAUUUAUAAAGGAUUAGAUUUUUAUGGUUUGUGAAUAUUUGAAGUGUAACGAGUUUUGUGAACACUGAUGUUGUUUUCUUAAAGGUGAUCAGCUGUUCAGGUCACGUACAGUAUGUAGGCCCUAGUGUCCGAUCCCAAAUGGCACCCUGUUCCCUAUAGACUACUAAUAGAACAAUAGGGUGCCAAUCGGGACUUACCCAUAGUCUGCAUCCUGGAUAUUUUGCGUUGUGAAAAUAUGGUACAGUAUUACUAUUUUCUGCUAGAUGGGGACUGACUUGUUAGACCUGUGAAGAACGUACUGUAGCACAGAGAAGCUCCGUACUCCAACCACUAAUAAAUGUUGUUUUUAGUUAUUUGGGAGUACAUUUUUAAUUAUAUUUUGAAAGUUUACAUAUUAGUGAGAUUUUUCAAGUGUAAUGUUUUCUCCCUGACCUGAGAAUGGCUCAAGUUGUCCGAAAGUAAAUGUCAAUGGUUUGUUUGGAUUCCUAUUAAAAUGCAACGAAAACUUUAA